AUGUCUAAAGAUCUAGCAGCUCUUUCCACCCGCAUCACUGACAACCUCCAGCUGCUGACCAGCACUCAACAGCAGCCUCCUAAUGAAGUCCCCGAUGCCCUGCGCCUCGCAUUACUCGACGACUGCUACGAGGUACAACGCCUCUGCAGCCAGCCCAGCGACUACCUAGAGCGGCUGCAAAUGUUUAACCAGCAACUAGCCUGCCUCCACUGGCUGUGCUACUUCAACAUUUUCAGACACAUCCCUACUGACGGAACAAUCUCAUUCCCCGACCUCGCCACAGCAGCCGACGUGCCUCUCCCCCAACUGCGCAGAGUCGCCCGCAUGGCGAUGCUAGAGGGUGUCCUCUGCGAGCCUGCCCGGACCGUGUCGCGUACGGAAGUCCCAGUUUCGCAGGUUGUUUCGGUGGAGACUCGCCCCGUUCGCUCCUCCUCUGGGCGCGGUUCCUGA